CAGCAAUCUCCACAGGAACAAGAAAAUAAAAUUUACAAAUUCCAUGCAACCACAACAAAAAAGCUGAAAAAUCACAAUAAAGCAAACACCUGCUUAUCAAUAAUGCAAAGGUUGUUACCAGCUUCGGCAUCAGUCAUGGCUUCAGCAUCCUGUCGCCCUUCAUCAUCGUCAUCGCCAUCAUCAUCCUGCGCCAACUUGUUUACCCCCUCCCUGUUUGGCAUUGUUAAAUCUGUGCUUCUUUUGCUGAUCUUUGUGACAAGUGUCACCCAGGCCCAGCUAGGUGUCCAUGUGGUUCGUUCCCCCGAAUCGGCCGUUGCCCCAAAGGGUGAUGAAGUUGUCUUUGAGUGUGAAAUGAACUUGACUCCAGAUCGUUUUAAAUGGAAAUUUCGUCAUUCUAGUAAUCGUUCGGCGGAUGGUAGUGGCUAUAAGGAUUUGACCCAGGAGAACGGCUACAACAUAACGCACCAAGAUCGCAUAUCUAAGUUGCGUAUUGUGGUGCAAACCUAUUCCCUGGGCGACUAUCAAUGUGUGGCCUCAUAUGGUUCGGCAGCCAUAGCCUCAUUAUCGGCUCGCCUAACUCUCGUCUCGAUAUCCAUAGACAAUUCCAAUGGCUAUACACGUAACACCAUACGCUAUAAUGUGGCGCCGAAAAAUUGCAUACUCCUUCGAUGUGGCACGGUGACCUCUAACCCCGCGGCCAUUUGGAGUUUUUAUCGCAACGAUGAAAAAAUUCCCCAAUCCGAUUUGAUACCAGCCAAUGGAGCUUUGGUCUUAAAUACCGUGGGUACAAAAGAUUCGGCCAACUAUUCGUGCAGUGCCAUGAAUCCGAUUACCAGUCAAGAGGUAAAGCUGCCGCAACGCAUAGAACUGCUGGUGAACUAUAUAGAUCGUACCCCGCCGCAUUUUCUACAAGACCCAGCAACACAGGUCACCGCAAGGCCCGGGGAAACAGUUGUGCUGGAAUGUCCCGGUGUAGGUUCGCCGGCACCCAUUGCCGUCUGGAGCUCACCCCAUAUUGUGAACAUCAACAACAAUAAUCGCACCCGAAUUGUACCCUAUGGCCUGCAAAUUGUUGAUGUCGUUCCAGAGGAUAAGGGCCAGUAUGUGUGUCGACUGGACAAUGGCAUUGCCCCGGCUUUGGUGCAUGUCAUUAGAUUUACGGUACUUGAGAAGCCUUCAAUUUUACGUGGUCCAGCCAGUACUUUGACCAAUGAAAGUGAUACCCUGGAAUUGGAGUGUUCAGCCACCGGUUAUCCAUAUCCGGACAUUUAUUGGCUCAUAAAUGGCCAAGAUCCAUCGGGGGAUCCAGAAGUCCAACAUGAUGGCCGGCGUUUGGUAAUACAACAUGUCCAGAAGCGUCAUGCCGGCAUUGUACAAUGCUUUGCCAAAAACGAAGUUGGAGAGACCAGUGAAGCGAAUCUCUUGAAAGUCAAUCCCAAACAAAUUCAUGGAGCCUCAGGUGCCGCAGGAGUGGCCACACCACGUCCCCGUUACGAAGAAAUCGGUGGUGGCGGAAAUGGCGGAGGUGGUGGAGGUUCCAAAAAGGGAUCACGCAAGAAGCAUAAACCCACCAUGGUACCUCCCUCGAGACCCAAUGUUACCCGUUUGUCAGACGACUCCGUCAUGUUACGCUGGAAUGUGCCCCGAAACGAUGGCCUGCCCAUACAAUUCUUCAAAGUCCAGUAUCGCAUGUUGGGAGAUGUAACCCGCAAAAUACCCAAAGAGAAUUGGCAAACCACCAAUGAUGACAUACCCUAUGGACGACGUAAUGGUGAUGGACCCAAAAAUUACACCACCUCUGUGACCGGAUUAAAACCGGAUCGUUUUUAUCGUUUUCGCAUUGUGGCCGUCUACAACAAUGAUGACAAUAAGGAGGGUAAUACCUCUUCCAAAUUUCUAUUACAGCGAGGCGAUGCUUUGGAUUUGGCCAAAUCGAAUUUACCAAUACCCGAAUUGGCACGUAUUGAACCAUUGUCAGAAUCGGCAGUAAUGCUACAAUGGACAUUACCCAAUAAUGCGCAUGAUUCACACAUAGAUGGUUUCUAUGCCUAUUAUCGGCCCUCAGCUUCGGCGGGAGAGUAUCAAAAGGCCACCGUGGAUGGUAUGCAUACAAGGAAGUUUAAGAUUGAUAUGUUGGAAGCCGGUACGGCUUAUGAAUUUAAGCUGCAGUCUUUCAAUGAUGUGGCAGCCUCGGAAUUUAGUUCCAUUGUUUCGGUGCAAACGAAAAAAUCUGUAACAACACCCGCCCCCACCUUGCCGGCUGUGGUGCCAGCCACCAAAACCAAUAAUGAGGAUAAUUCCAUAUUCCCCGUUGUGGCGGGGGCAGCAGGAGGAGGUAUUUUACUAUUAAUUGCCACCAUUACGGCUUGCCUCUGUAUGAAAAGGCGCAAGAAUUCGCAAAGUGAAGAUGAAAAUAAACCCCAAUUGGAUCACAUCCAGGCCGACUUUGUAUCACCCCAAGUCCAGGUAUUGGGUGUCAAUAAUCAUCACAAGGGCAAUCAUCGUUUAAAUGGCGUUCUGCCACGCAUGAACAUAACACCCAAUCCCUUGGCCCAGGAAGCCGAUAAGGCUCAUUUGGCGUCACAGGGUAUACAUCAUGCCCAGCCGUAUUAUCAGACUCCACCCACACCCACAAUGUUGGGCAAGCGAGACUAUCAGCAGCCGCCACCGGUGCCACCACAUCAGAACAACAAUCAUGGAGCCAUGGUAAAUCAUCAUCAUCAUGCUGGCCAACAUCAUGCUCCCCUAACACCCAGUUUGGAACAACACAGACGUACCCUGGAUAGGGGUGGGGUACGCAACAUGAGUUACUCACAAAAUAAUAGCAAUUCACAAAUGACAACACAAUGUCAUGACUCCGCAAACGUGUUGGCCAUGGAUGGCAUGACCACCCGGAUACCUUCGCUGAGGCGUACCCGUCGCACUUCGGGCGGUAGUACGAAUAAUGGUGUAAAUUCUCUUUCAAAUAAUCCCAACGGAGGUUUGGGUAUACCAAUUGCCGUCAGCGGUAGUCCACGAGUCCAGCGAUCGCCCAUGCCCGCCCGGGCUGCCAUGAUGAAACAACGUUCCCGUCUGGGCAGUCACAAUGAUAAUAUUUCAUCGGGUAGUUUAAACAGUAUUGAGGUGUAGGUUGGAAAUUGUUGCCGAGAUUGCCAUUGGGUAGUUGAAGGCGAGGCGAUGUAGUAGAAGGAGGAGAUGGAGUUAAAUUAAUUUUUUUAGAGAUAAAUUAAGUUAUAACGAAUAUUUCCUAAAAUGUAAAUAUUAUUCCUAAAUUAGUAUUUAUAAGAAAAUGCUUAGAAUGUCCAAAUUGACACAUGGAAUGUUUGGUGUAAAGAAAGUAGAGUUCUGAAAAGAAAGGAGGGUGGAGAAAGAAGUGAUGUUCUGUCUUGUAACCAGAAAGAGAGACACUUUUCUUUACGCCGAUUUGUUUUAGGUGUU